UUAAAUAAUUUACCUACAAAUUGAUAUGGUGAGGGAACAGUUUUACAACACUCUAAUGAUGGAAGAAAGGGAUAGACGGAGUGGUGUAGGUAAUUCCGCAGUCAAGUGCGAAGUUUCGACGAUCGCGAAACAUGAUCUGUAUUACAAAACAGUACUUCAAUUGGAAUCGGGUACUUCUGCUCCCUAUGGGCUUGUGGCCUGACAAGGAAACAAAAUUCACUCGUUUUCGAGCAAGUUUAUUUGGUUGUCUUCUGAUGAGCAACAUUGCAUUUCAGGAUCAACAAAUUUCAUGUUUGCAGCUGUCACGACUCUUCUUUGCAGAAUAUAGCUUUGAUCUUGUUAUCAAAAUACUUUCUUCCUCGUCAUUUUUUUGCACGCUCGCGAUUUUGUUCAUGUGUUUUUGGAUUAAGAUGGAAACUAUGAAAUAUUUAUUGCAUCAAUUGCAACACAUCUACGAUGGGCUAAAGAAUCAAAACGAAAUUGCUAUCUAUGAAAAAUAUGGAUACAUCGGAAAAUGUAUUUCGGCCAGACUGACAAGUAAGAAUAAGAUUCAGCGUUUAUUAUCAGAAUAUUUAAAAAUAAGUCACAAAAAGUUGGACAAAAUUGGAAAAUCGAAUACUAACUGUCUUCUAUGUUUGACUUCUAUGUUUACAGUAUUUACUAUAUGCGGUCUAUUUUUUAAUUUUAUCAUAAUAUAUUCGCCGUUCAUUCUUGACGUCGUCAUACCGAAAAAUGAAUCUUACGCGAUUUUCAUAAUGAAAAUGGUGACCAAGUACUUCGUUGUAUCAGAAAAAUAUUAUUUUUUAAUUAUUGUGCAUAUGAACGCAGCCUUUUCUGUAGGAAUGAUCGUAUUAACAGGGACGGGAACAAUGAUGAUAUCGUACUUCAAGUAUGCUUGUGGAAUGUUUGAGAUUACUAGCUACCGAAUUGAGCAAGCAAUGGCGAUCGAAUUGUUACGUAACACUGACAUAAAGAAAGAAAUUGUGAUUUACAGAGGGAUAAUCUGUGCCGUAGACAUACAUCGCACAGCCAUGGAGUUCGCCAAAUGUUUUCUAACUAAAACUGAAGUACUAUUUUUCUUGUUAGUUAUAACUGCUGUGCUUUGCUUGAGUUGCAACCUUUUUCGUAUAUUUAAAAUUGAGUCUCCUAUGGAGCAAGUGGUAGAAGUUUUAUUACACAUUAUCGUUGUAAUACUCAUAGUCGCGGUUACAUUCCUACCCAAUUAUGUUGGACAAGAAAUUAUGGAUUACAAUAAUAACGUAUAUGUAACCACAUACAAUGUUUUAUGGUACUUAGCACCGGCGGACAUACAAAAAUUGAUACUGUUUUUAAUACAAAGAAGCAGUCGAAUUUUUUGCCUGACUGUUGGUGGAUUAUUUACAGCAUCUUUAGAAUGUUUCGCUACACUGGUGAGUGCGUCAGUAUCUUACUUCACCUUCAUGUAUUCCAUGCAGUAAUAACGAGUAGAGAUUUUGUCUGAUACUAUACUAGAAUAGAUAGAUAUAAAGAACACAUUUAGGCUUUCUUUUCAUCUUUUUAUAAGAAUCUAUUAUAAGAAAAGAUAUAAGAACUGAUUAUAUAGCUCUUAAUAUAAGAUUAUGAAAGCUAGCCUAAUCUUACAGAAA